AGCACAUCCUCCGUUAAUCCAGUAGGUAGUGAGAGCUCCUUAUCCCGGGGACAGGACGGUGUUUUAACGUGUUCAUCGAGUGUCUCCGUCUGUGUUGUGGACAAAAUGCUGAACCCGCAGAGGUCUCUGUCCGAGCUGCCCAAGAUGUCCGCUGCCAGCCAGGUGGAGAGAGCCGUGCUGGAGGAGGAGUUCAACUGGCUGCUGAAAGAGGAGGUGCAUGCUGUCCUGAAGCAGCUCCAGGAUGUCCUCAAGGAGGCAUCGAGACGUUUCUCCAUGCCGACGCCGGGUCUGGAGAGUCAGCUCAAACAGGAGAACUUCAUCCUUGGCAGCUCAACCAUGGAUCAGGUGAAGGGGGUGCUGACUCUGCAGGGAGAGGCUCUGACUCAGGCUGACAUAAACCUGAAGGUCGCAAAGAGCAGCCAAGUGCUGCACUUUCAGUUCAGAGAGGACAAGCAGUGGAAACUGCAACAGAUCCAGGAUGCCAGGAACCAUGUGAACCAGGCCCUGCAGCUGCUGAGCAGCCGCGAUGAGAGCUACCACUUUAAAACAGGAGCUGAGGUUAAUAAGCUCAUGGACGCUGUGAUGCUGCAGCUGACGAGAGCACGAAACCGCCUCACCACGCCGGCCUCCAUGACGCUGCCUGAGCUGGCCACCAGCGGUCUCAUGAAAAUGUUCACUCCGCCCAUGCCCGGGGACGUCAUGGUCAACUUCUACAUCAACCUCAGCAAACUGUGCCUGACAGUGUACCAGCUGCACGUGCUGCCGCCCAACACCACCAAGAACUUCAAACCUGCUGGAAGCUCAGUGUUACACAACCCCGGAGCCAUGUUCGAGCUCAACAACAACCGCUUUGAGGUGAGCCACGUUCACAAGGUGGAGUGUGUGGUGCCGUGGCUCAAUGACACGCUGGUGUUCUUCACCAUCUCACUGCAGCUCUGCCAGCAGCUCAAGGACAAGAUAUCUGUCUUCUCCAGUUUCUGGAAUUACAGACCCUUCUAAUCCAGCUGCUGUCCAUCGUCCACAGACCCAAACUAACCACAUAAGUGUAAGGGACAUCCUGCGAAGGUUUUUAUUUUUAUUUAUAUAUAUAUAUAUAUUUAUCAUCCAGUCAUUCAGUUUCAAGUGUUGCAUGAUUAGCUGAAGGAGCCAAUCAAACCCCCGACAGAUAUCAAUAUCCCCAGCUGACUGACAUUUAUCUUUGUGUGGUGCGUCUCAUAGCACUGACUUGAACUUCUCCAUGAAUAAAUGGGAUUGUUUCUGAUUUAUUAGAAUAAUUUGCUUGUACUUACUGAGUAUUUAUCUGGUUCUGGUCCAAAAUUGUCAUCUGAAUUGUGAUGUUGUGUGGAACAUUAAUGUGUGCACUCAGGGCAGGAAGACUGAGCAGUACUGAGAGGACACAGUGGUCUCUGUUUUAUUCCCUAAAAUACUUUGAGUUCCCUCACAGCUGUUUCAAUGUGUACUCAUCUUUUUGUCUUUCUUUGUAUCGUACUUUCUUCAGAAGGGCGCUCCACCAAUUUUACAUGUCAGAGUCAAUCUCGUGGUCAUGAUUAAGAAGUGGAAAAGUCUUCUGUGGCUCUGGAGGAGCUUCAUAAAGUCAAAGAAAAGAACUCAAGUGACAUCACAAGGCCCAUUUUGGGAUGUUUUCUAACCCAUCAUUGGCUGGCUCUGGUCCAAAUCAGUGAAUGAGAUCCUCAAACCAGUGGCUGAGGUCACAGUAGCUAUGUCCAUUAUUUCUACAGUCUAUGGUGCGCUUUAUAGCAGCCACAUCAUGACCUGCUGGAGAAUUUGGACCAAGACAACUUCCUCUAAAUGGUCUCUGUGCAUUCAGCACUUGAGUACAAUUGCUGUGUUCAGAUCUGCCCAAACCAAACCAAAUGCAGUAUCUGUGGGAAGUCCUGGUACCCCAGAAGUACCCCUUAUCCACCAUGGGGCCUUCUGGGAUCAGACUUGGCUCUGACCUGUUGAGGCAUAGAUGCAAGUCCGCUGGGGGUUUCCCUUAGUGUCUGGCACUGGGGUGUUGGCAGCAAGUCCUUUGAGUCCUGUGGAUUGCGAGGUUGGGUACUGGGUAAUUUAGAGGCCAGGUAGAUGCCUUGAGCUUUUUGUCACAUUCCUCAGGCCACUCUUGAGCAGUUUUCGGGGCAUGGCGUGGUGCAUUGAUCUGCUGGGGGGCCACUGCCAUUGGGAAGUGCCGUUUCCAUGGGGAGGGUACUUGGUCUGCAACCGUGUUUGGGUGGGUAGAGUCAGAUGGUAUCCACAUGAAUGCCUGGACCCAAAGUUUUUUCAGCAGAACACUGCAUUGUAAAAGGUGAUCAAUGUUAUUCACUCCAUCUGUCAGCAGUUUUAAUGUUUCAGCUGAUCAGUGUAUAUUAGGAACUAAAAGGAUAUAUCACCCUCUACUGCACAGAUUUUGAGCAUCCUUUUGUAAUCUGUCCCUGUAAUCUGAAAGUCCCCAAACUUUAUAGAAGUAAAUAGAAUAUAGUGACUUGUGCCAGGUGUUGCACAGUAUGUGUGGAAUGCAACAGUAGCACAAAGAGAAGGCAAACAGUCGUGUUUGGGAGGGAACAGUCUAAGCCAUGAGGGGGCGCAAUAGUAUGAGGAAAACAUUUCCCACUGUGAUCUUUUAAGGGACACAAACAUAUUUUUUGACAGAUGAUACUGAACUAUUUAUGACCAAGGCUACACAUUUUCUCCAUUCAGUGACAGUACAGUAUCACCUGUUAAUGGACCAGCUCCAUUGUCGGCCCUCCAGACACUCUUUCAUCUCACACAGGUGAAGUCAGUUAAAAUGUGUGAGGGUUUAGGCCUCAUGCCAUGCUUUUAUCACAUGGGAAAGAUGGCAGAGUUUCCCAUUUUAACAGCUUGUGAGCAUCCAAGUUAUCAAGAUGGUUGUGUUAUUGCACAAAAGAAAAACUGUGCAAUAUAACACCAUAUCCAUUACAUCUGGGUUAAACCUUUUGAAACCUGAGCAUACUGGCUGGAAUUCUUUCAAAAACAUUAGAAGGAGGCAAUGAAAAACUUACCAAGAAAUGGACCAAAAAUAAGCAAGAAAUUAGCAAAAAUGACCUAAAAUUAACCCAAAAAAGAUAGGUAAGAAAA